CUCCAGCAGAAUUUAAAUGAGUAUGUAGCUGCAUUAAUUGCACUGAAGCAAAAAAUAUUUGACACAGACCGCCUGCUGACGGACUAUCAACAGAAGUGUGAUGAGCUUCAGUUUGCUGAAAGAGAGAACAGCACUCUCCGUAACCAAGUAGAACAGAUGCUGCAAAAAAUCUCACCUCUAGAGAAAUGCCAAGAAGAGCUGGGGUCUUUGAAAGCAGAACUGGAAGAGAAAAAGAGUUCUCUUAAGAUUUACCAGGAGAGUCAUCUGGAAUAUAUUCGGGUGAAAGAAGAAGUCACCAAAAGUGAUGCUGCGAAGAAGAAACUGGAAGCCAAAGUGAAGAAACUUGAAGAGGCUGCAACAAAGCAUAUACAAGACUUCAAACAGCUGAAAAGUGAAAAGAAAAUGCUUGAAAAGGAACUAAAGAAAGCACAGGAAAAACUUGAUGACUGUCCCAAACAGAAGUGCAAAAAGGUGUUGAAGCACGCAGAGACCCAGAGUUCAAGAGAUGAUCUGGUAGCAAGCAUUGAUAAAGAAAAAAUAAAACAGUUGCUGGAAGAGCUCUGGGUGUGUAUUGACAGUGCAGCAGGAAAAAGGCAGAACCAAGACAAUGAUUAUAUCUUGGCAGCGUCUGUUCAGGGUCACUCAAGAACUCCAGAAAAAAUAAGCAAGUUCUUCAGACAAGAAGUUGCACAAACUCGCCGAAAACCCAGGAAAUCUGAGAAAAUGAUACCUCACCAGUCCUCACUAGAAACUGUUAUAGAACAAAACUCUUUAGCUGCCACGCAAAUAAAAAUGGACGAGUCUCUCAUUGAUCACUUUGAGAGCAAGACCACUGACGAAAGUCUGCAAAGCUGUAAUGGUGACAGUGCUUUUUAUGAGGACAAAACAAUAGGAGUAGUUAUACAAACAGACUGUGAAGACAGGAGUUCAGACUUCUCAGAUGAGGAAGAACAUCUUGCUGGAAAUGUGAAAGACAUACUGAACUGGAUCAGACCUCUUCCUCCACUACUCUCUCCAAUGCAGCUUUCACCAGCAGUGACACCGGAUACAUUAUUUGGAGAUUUCACUGAUUCCAGCGAUGAGGAAAUUGACUAUUGUGCUCAAACAGUGGAAGAUAUUUUGGAAAAAAGCUCAGAAGAGUAUCAUGUCAGUUUGAAGGAGGAAAGCAACAUACAAGAGAAAUAUGAACCAGAUCAUGAUACAGAAACUUCAAGUAAAUUGAGAGUGAAUGAAGAAACAUCAAUUUAUAGUGAUCUUUUCACGGCAGAGAACUUGCUUAUAACUGGGAGAGAUGCUGAAGUGAAGCAAACCCAGAUGGUUAUUUCAAGUAUAGACACAAUGGUAAAUGAAGAACUUUUAGAAGAGAAGGUUGAAAGUAUGGAAGCUGAACAGAUUUUAGCAGAGCAGACUGAAAAUAUGGAAAUUGAGACUGGUACAACAGUGCAGCUGGCGAUGCCUACAUCAGAAGUUAUCGAAGAGAAGAUGAUCGAUGAUGAGGGGGUGCAAACUGAAGACAAAGCCUCUUCAACUGAGCGCGUGUCAUUUAAUUUUGAACACUUACAAGAAAAUUCUAAUGAGGCAGUACAAACAGAGAAAGAUGUCGUUUCAAAUACGAAUACAGUAGCCAGUUCUGAGCAUUUGCAAGAAAAGUCUAGUAAAUUAAUGGAAGUAGGGGAAGAUGAAUUACCUAGAAAAGUAGAUACCCCCGAACUGUCACCCAUUCCAAAGGACCGUGUUCCCUCAUCACCUCAGAAAUCCAUUUUUGCAGUUGAGAAUGAAUGUUUUGAGGAAGAGCCUAAUGAGAUGGAGAGUGAAAUGGUUGAAAAUGAAUCCAAAGGCAUAAAAAGAAAACCUAAUGUAGUAAAUGUAGUACUUGGCCUAGAAGACUAUGUUGAACAAAUAACAACCGGGAAGAAAGUAAUAGCAGAAGAGCUCCAUGUAGAGACUGAAGAUAAAACACAGCAUCCUGAAGAGGAAGAUUUGGCAUCUAACUUCAGUAAUCCUAAAAGUUUUUUGGGAGUGGAGAGUGAUGAGGUGUGGCAGUGUAAUGGGGAAGAAACAUUUAUGAAGACUGAUAUAGACACUGAAAUUAAAGAUACUGCCAUUGAAUCUCAGUGCUCAGAAGAAAAACUCAGCAAUGGAGAGAGACUGGAGGAACUACUUGUACAGUCUGAAGAACCUGAAGUAAAUGAAGACCGUGGACUGGAAAAAGCUAGUGCUUUUAUUUUUGCCACUGAAGUAAACAGAAAUUCACUGUCUUUGGAUGAGGCUAAUGCCAUUGCAGAUGUAGGUGGAACUGCUGCUUCUCUUCCUACAAAAGAGGGAGAGGGUGAACAGCUCAGAACUGGAGAGCUGAGCACUGAGGGGAAUAUAACUGAAGUAAGCAAAAAUUCACUGUCUUUGGAUGAGGCAAAUGCCAUUGCAGGUGGAUCUGCUUCCUCUCUUUCUACAAAAGCAGGAGAGGGUGAACAACUCAAAACUGGAUUGCUGAGCACUGAGGUGAAUAUAACGAACUCUGAGGAAAAAGGUUUCUCUGGCAAUUCAACGAAUGGGAAAAAUGUUUUAGAAAUAGCUACGUUUUCUGAAUCUUGCCAUGUUGAAUGUGGAGAAUUGCUGGAGGUACAAGAGGAGGGAUGUUUGCAAGCUAAAUUAGAACACAACCAAAAAGAUGCUGGUAUAUUGCUGCAAAAGGAGUCAGAUUUUGAAAUUUUACCUGUAUCACCAAACCCAGACUGCAUUUUAAAUGGAGAAAAUGAGGCACUGGAACCCAAGGAGAUGGAUCCAGAUAAACAUGUCGUAGGACAAACUAGUGAAACCAAGCACAUUGAAAAUAUGUUUGGUGUAUUGGAGCACAAGUUGUCUGAAACAAUAAAAGUAUUUGAACGUCAGGAAAUUAAAAUGGAACAUUUAGAAUUUAAAUUGGGAUAUGUUAGAGAGAAAAGUAGUCAGCUAUUAGAGACUGAGAAAAUAGGUAUGACAAACUGUGUUGUAACAGAAAGUGAACAUACCUCUCAGGCACAGCCUUUAAAAGCUGUACAUUCAUUUUCAGUUGCUGAAAAUUUUCAGUGCAGUAGUAUAAGUGAGAAAUUAAAUGACAAAUCACCUGAGGAAAUGGUGAUCGAGAACUGCAACAACAAUUCGACUGAUCUGGAAGGGAGACGUGGGGAGAAAAUGAAUGAAAGAGGUGAGAUUUCAGAUGCCCCAGAACAGGUUGCCUCAGAAGAGAAUGCUGAAAAAGAACUAGCUUUGUCUAAAGAAGAUAUUUUGUUGGGAAGAAAUGUAGUUACUGAAGAGACAAACUCUUUUAGCACAGUGAAAAUUGGUUCAGAGGCUACAGCAGCGCCUGCUGGUUUUACUCUCAGUCUUCAACAGAAUUACCAAGAUUUUAACACUAACAGCACAGACGAUUCUGUCAAAGACUGUAUCACACCAGAUGCUGCUUUCACUGUAGCUCGAAAUAAUGAAAUAGAUUAUGAUAGCAGUAUCCGGUUUGCAUAUAAUCAUUCUUUGUCAGAUGCGAAUGGCAAGGAGGCUGUACCUAAUGACAAAGAAAAUGAAUGCAAACAACUUGUGUGCCCCAUUAAUGAAUAUGAGAAUAAAAAUAAUAUACAGACUAUUAAAGAGCAGCUUGAGGAACCUCAAAAACCAUUAGUAACUUUAGAGGUUUUGGGUGCAAGUUCUACUGAUAGUGGUAACCAUGCCAAAGAGGACACUAAUUUAGUUUUUGAAGGAGGAGUUCAUGGGAUGUCUAUCCUAAGGGAAGUUGACACACACAUUUGUAGAACAAAAGAAACUUCUUCCAUUCACAGAGAGAAGUCUCUGUGCUCUGAAAGGCAGAUGGAGAGUCCUGUAGGAUUUCCUGUUACAGAAAUAAUGACUGAGGAAAACGACAAAGACUUGAACAGUCUUGGGGAAUCUGGUAAAGACGGGGGCAGAACUUCAACAGAAACUCCUGAGUUUCAAGAGGAGGCCAGUGGAUCUGCAGAAGAAGACUAUCCUUUAAGAAAGGUUAAAUACGCCAAACACUAUGACAGCUUUUCAGUGUUCAAGGAAGAAUUGAACACUUCUAGGAGCUCAGUAGAGGACCUGUCACAAAUUCACAUGGCUGUUGAUGACCACCAAGUGUUUGGCCUUUCUACACUGCACACAGAAAAUGAUGAGAGUGAUAAACAAUUAAAAAUAAAUAUGCUAAUGGAUAUAGUCAUACCUUGUAAAACUAAUCACUCUCCAAGUAUGACAAAAGAGGUGUCACAUUUCACAGGUGUGAGUGAGUCUGAAAGUAAGCUUUCCAUGAUGCAUGAAACUGUGUUCCACAGUGAUGAGACUACUGAAAGGGCUCCUGAACAUGGAGGAAAUUCAAAUGCAGUUGGGUGGGCCUGUGACAAUGAGAAGAAUUUGCUAAGAGAUGAGGCAUCAGAAGAGAUUCCAACUAAACCAAGUACUUUAGAAACUAAUUUAUUGCCACACCAGCUACUAGCUGAAUGCUCCAAAAUUUAUAAAAGUGUUAUAAAAAAUAGUAAAUUAGAUGCAGCACUGUUCACAUCUGCUGACUCAUUAGAAAGAAAAGACAAUGAAGAACUUGGAUCAAAUGUUGAGCAAAGUGUGCCACAUGAGGCUGGCAUAGAAACACCUGUGCCUGGUGAAGAACUAAAUGAUAAACAGGAAGAAACUCAUGCUGCUUUUAGCUUGGCAGACUUCAAUACAAGAGCAUCGCAGGAUGCUAUCAACAGUGGCACUUCUCUUCAACAGACAGAUUUUCAAAAAAGCAAAAGAGAAAACAUUUCUGUUAAAAGCUCUCAGAAUCCAGCCAUGUUGAGUGCUAUUUCUGACCCGCAAGCUGAAUAUCAAAAUUCUGAGUCACAAGAAACAAUAUUGGAAAACUCACCUGCUUUAGAACUAGAGUCAUCUGUAGAUCUUGCACCCCAAAGGAGCAGCAGAUCAAAGCAGAAAGCCCAAGAACCAUCAAAAAGCAUAAAAGAUUCAGCCAAGAUGAUAGACCAGGACAGCCAGGGCAAGUUUUCACAGAGGUUAUCUCAAGGUAAAGGGAAAAAGAAAACUUUGCAAGUCCAGCUAACCCAGCAAGUUCUUGCAAAUACUGAUACUUCCACACCUAGCAGAUGCUCACCUGAGACCAUCAAUAAAAUUAGACAGGAGAUGGGCCCACCUCUUCCUCCCCUGCUUUUGCCUUUGAAAGCUACUCCUCCUAGAACAGUACGGCCUGCUUCCCCAGUGAUGACUUCAGCUAGUCAGUCCUCUCUGCCAUCUCCUCUUGAUGACCUAAUAUCCCCACUACGUGAUAUUCCAAUUCCUCCACUUGUCUCCCCCCUGGCAGAUACCCCAAAACGCAGAUCUCCCCCUAGGAUGUGCACUCCAUCACCCUCAGAAACCACCGUAUGUCGAAGAAUCCUGUCCUCGCCUUUGCAGUUUUGUGCUGCCACACCAAAACAUGCACUUCCUGUACCGGGGCGACUUCCACUAUCUGCGUCUGGUAGUGGUGCUCCAGGCGUUCCUCAAGAAAACUCUGUGAAAAUACUGGACACUAUGUAUCCAGAGCUAUCAGCAAGGGCAAGAACACUCAACAUCCUCAAAGGUAACAUUCAGCUCAAUAGAUGUGCCCCUUCAGACUCCAAAAAUCUACCAGGGCCUGUGAGUCAGAUUACUGGGUUCAAAACAAUUGCUUCUAAAUCCACUGCUUUCGUUAAAACGGGAAGCAGCUCGAAACCUGACAGCAACAGAGAUCAGCAGACAGAUCUGGGGAAUCAGCAGCCAUGUACCAGCUCAUUGAAUCAAAUUGGGAAAAGAACAUUGUCAACAUCUAUGCCAAGAAGCGCUAAGAGGCUGCGUCUAGAUAGUGAGUCGCCCAGAUUGGAAAGUAAUGAUAAGGAAGAUGUUGCAAAUAAAGGUAAAGGAGACUUCAGUAGCGAAGUGCAGAGUGCUAUGGGUAAAACUAUGCGCCUCAACAAUUUUGAAAUCAGUCAGUCUGUAGGGAACUCUAGUUCAGAAAUGUCUUCAUCAGUAGAGAAGAUUAUUGAUCCUGACAGCAAAGCUGUGUCUUUGGCACUGAAGAAAAUUUCUGAAUCCUGUUUUGACCUGUUUCCUGUCAUACGGAGUCAUGUGCAUGUAGGCAAUAUUUCAAAGGUCCCAGUAAUGAGAAAUGAAGAGAAGGACGUCGUCUAUGAAUUUGGUGUUGCAAACAAGCAUUUAGCAGAGCUGCUGCUGCAUACUAUUCUCAAUAAGCUUAAGACUGAGAAGACAUCCUUGGAAUACAGUUUCACACAUGCUCUCUGCCGAGUAUACAUAGGAAUCUGUCGGCAGUUAGGAGAUUUGGAAAGAGCCCGUCUUUUCUGUUACAGCUUGCUUAAGGAAGACUUUCCAGAAUCUGAGAAAUUGAUUUUGUUUAUCGUAAGCGUGUGGCAAGAUAUAUUCUCCUUCCAAGGUGUGAUUAACAAAGCUGUGCAAUUAGUUGCCAGGCAACAUGCAAGAGGAGAGGUGCUGAAAUGUCUGAAUGCCUAUUUGAACUGGGAAAAGGAGUCACCUUUGGAUGCAGGCAUUAUGGUUUCAAGCUUACUUUUGGCAAUACAGCUGUGUCCAAAACUCGAAUUCCAAUCAAGUGAUCAGUAUGGAGAAGACCUACCUGAAAGCACUUGGGAGUACAUAUUUGCCAUUGAGCUACUAUGUUCUCAUCUGAAAUGGGACUGGACCCACAACAAUAUCAUUAGUAAAGAGCUUUGGCCUCUCAUGCAUAAGUGGAUACAGCACAGAAAAGGACAUGAGGCUGUUCAGUCUAUUCCAGAUAUUAUUGUAGCAUCAGCACUCAGGCUAAUUGGUCGCUUAAGCCAAAUUGGUUUAAAGGAAGGACUUUCUUCUGCUGUGAAAAACAUCAGUUCUGUAAUUGGAGUCUUUGUACAGCAUGCAAAAGAAGAAGGUGUGCCAUGGGGUGUGCAGCUGGCAGCGGUGUAUGCACUCUUGGACUUGGGUCCAAGCAAUCCAGUAGGAAUUCUUGAGGCUAUCCAACCUUGGAGAGCAGCAGCUACUAACAGCAUCCCAACUGCAGUCAAUAGUGGCAUAACUGAACUCAGCUCCCUAUCUACAGCAGAAUCAAACUAAGCCAUUGGGAAGGAGGUUCAUCAUCUAUGGAAAAAGUGCCUUUUAUUACACUGGAUGGCACCUUUUUAAAAAAGAACUCUUACAACAAUACAAAAAAGAAAAAGCCAUGAAGCAUAUGCACCCAUUUAAUUACAUAGGCACUGUGUACCCCCUUGGGAAUAACAAAGGAGGCACUGAAGGAUUUUGUUUGCCCUUUCUGCUGCAGAGACAUCCAGAAAUAUUUAGGGUUUUUUUUUCUUUUCUCUUCUUUUUUUCUUCCUGGUAUAAGUCAUCAGUUAUAUAAAAGCUAUUGGCUUAUUUGUAGUCCAGGAGUAUCUGGUUUAAAAUAGAAAGGUUCUGUCUUGAUUAGUCUUCCAUUAGCUGAAAAUCUGGCUACUACACCUCUUGUCCUUUUGAUGGACUAUUUGCCAAAACAGAAGACAAAGCCUUGCAUUGAGGGAAAAGAAAAAAAUAUUGUUUUAUGUUUGUCCAUAAAAUAACUGUUCAGGUGUAUUUAUUAUAUUUUAUAUGGAAGAUGGCAUCCCAAUGGUAAAAGCUUAAAUAUUUGGCCUGCAUCCUGCUUUACUUAUUUGUAAUUAGCUUCAUUGAGGUCAAUGAGUCUACUCGGAUAAGGCAAGUGGGAAUGGGCUCCUUGUGUAACAAUGUUAUAUAUAGUAUAAAAGAUUCAGAGGUAAUGGAUCUCUGUGAGUUUGUAUAUAUGGUAUACUCCUAUAAUGUGUUUCACAUUUGAUGUUGUUCCACUUUGGGAAUUUUAGUGCGUGUAUAUAGGAAGUUGGGUUAAAAAAAAUCUUUAAAAUGUUGAAACUUCUAAUGUAGUUUCAUGUGUACACAUCAGGCUUUUUUUAGGAAAUGUCUCAAAACAUUUUUAUAAUAAAAAGGAAAUGC